AUGGACCAUAUUUGGACGCUUUUUACUCUAAUGUCAACUUUUGGUGUCCUCAACGAAGCAGCAAAAGGUAUUUGGGAUAGAUAAUUUAUGCCAGUGGUGAUACACUCACGAGGAAGAUUCCAUUUCUUUUAUUCCUCCUAAGUGUGUAGUAUUAUAAAAUUCUGAUACUAACAAAAGAGCUGACUAGAAAGUUAUUCAGUAUUUUUGCUUUGUUUCCUAAGCUUAUCAUAUUGAUGUCUGGCUCUAUUUCAAACCGAAUACGCUUUCUUUUUUUUUAUUUUCGGCAGUAACAACCUUUGAUGGAUAAAAACAAUGAAAACUAUGACUCUUUUUUUGGUACGGAACAUGAUUCACAACAGCCUUCUAAGGAGGGUCUCAACGGGGUGAAGGCUUACAGAUUAAUACAUUAGCCACUUUACGAUCAACGGUUAAAUUAUUUCCGUUACGUUUGAAAUUAAGAUUUUUACGGUUAACUUUGUUUACGAUUAACGGUUAACGUUUAAUUUUUUUGCCAUUUUACGGCUAACGGUUAACCCCAUUGAGAGCCUCUUUAACUAUGUGUUUGAGUUAAAUUGAACGAUUGGAAGGACGAGAGCUAGGAAAUCCUUUAGAAAGAAGCUAUUUCCUGUUCCACCAUUGAUAUAGGAUAGUUCGCGAGGACACAUAAAUUAGUGAUCUUUCCAGGUGUUAUUCCUUGCUAACGUGGCUAGUAAUCGUAGAGAAAUCCGAAAUAUUAGUAGCAAAGGAUCUUAAAAGGUUCUUAAGAAAUGUAUUUCGAGGCUAACUUGAAAGACACUUAAAUUUUGCAGAUACCUUAAGUCUUGUAUUUGCCGGAGAUAUCAAUUUCUCGGACCCGGUUCGCUUUGAUGUCAAACGUCACCUUUACAGUUACAACGAUACCUUAAAACGGGUGGCACAGUACAUCCGAGAGGCCGACAUCGCCUUUGGAAACCUAGAGUCGCCCUUCGUUCCCAAGCAAGCGCUGUCUGGUAGAGUCCUGGUUGGGAAACGAAUAUUUCUGGAGGCUGAAAAGAAAAGCGCCCCAGCAUUGAGGUUCGUAUUGUUUCACACGCGCUAUUAAAAAACUUAGUUUACCACACUUUUUUAAGUGUGAUAUCACAUCAACUAUUCUCCCAUAAAUGAAUAAAGGGGGUAAGUUUCUAAAGAAACUCUGGUGCUGCGUCGGUGGGAGAGUAUAGCAGGUAAUUUAGUGUUAACAACUAAGUUGAAAACGUAGAUUAGCCACCGUAAAAGGUAAAAAAGCUGGCGUUUCGAGCGUUAGCCCUUCGUCAAACGCUCUGAUGAAGGGCUAACGCUCGGAAAGUCAGCUCUUUUACCCUUUACGGUGGCUAACUUAGUUGUUAACACUAAAUUACCUGUUAUUCUCUCAUAAGCUGCGUUUGAGAAUCUUCGUGGUUGAGUCUAUUGUUGAGUCCAAAGAAGCCCCAAAGACAGAAUUUCUUGAAGAUACAUAUCCUAUUUAGUCGAUAAUCUCUUGCAACACUGCUAAGACCUUUAAGUGGGUAUUCUGAUAUUUUGUUGCAAACCCAUCGCAAAAGUGACCCCUACGACCAAUUGGAACGAAGGUUUUGACCAGAAGCCAAUGAGAACUCAAAGUGAUGUCGCGCAAAGACCUAAAGCGAAAGAUAACGCGACUGGCCACGGCGCAAUCGGCUCAACUUUCUAAUUAAUUGGUUGAGGGAUUGUCGCGAAUUUGCUUAACCAAUUACAACUUGAAGUUAACCAAACCAAUGCAACCCCAGAUAUAUAUCAACUCUCCAACAUGUUGCCGGUACUCAAAUUUCUCUUUGCCAACAGUUUCGCAGGAUUUGAUGUGAUGACAUUAGCAAACAAUCACUUGAACGACUUUGGUGAGCUUCCAGUGGAUUAUACAGUUAAUGCAUUGAAAGAGAUUGGAAUAAAAACUGUUGGUGUUACAUACGGACCUUACAGUUCCCGUCAGGUAACAGCAGAUUUGCCUAUAAUAACCCUCAACAGUUUCAAAGGAGAGGUAUACUCUGACCAUGGAAGACCAUACAAUUUUUAUCUUUAUCAUUAAAAAAUCAUUUGUAAAAUUGAGUACUUUCCGCUUGGGCGACUUCCCAAGGGUAAUACAAGUCCUCGAAAAAUGUCUCCCAUUGAUAACCUAUUUGCAACAACUUUUUUUUUACUUUGACCAGAAAUGGAAAAUUCAUCGACAGUUUCCUGGCUUAAUCAAUGGACAAACUGAAACAUUCUUUUUUCCGACUAAUGGUAACGCAGUACUCUGAUUACUAAAUCUGGUUAUCGGUGUUUAGGUUCCUCUGAUUAUGGAGAAGAAAUCAAUAAGGAUUGGGAUUCUUGCUUACUGUAUAACUCAAGGUAACCCAAGAUAUAAAAACUGUAGUGAGGUCCGGAAAAUGUUCAAGUCGGGAGCCGCUCUUUACCAGAAAGAGAUCGCUACUAAGGACAUCAACGACUUGAAGGUAACAACUUACUUAGUCCUACUGUAUAUUUUAAAUCGUUUGUGCUGCCUCAUUUGGUGCCACACAUCAAGUAAAUUCCUAAUAACUGGAGAGAGAUGUUAUUUCGUCCCGUCACUUGCGUGGGACAGUCGAAAAAUUCUCAGUUCCCAAGACUGGAAUCCAACCUCUGGCCAUCGAAUUCCGCUUUCCAAUACUCUACCACUGCACCACAGUGAUUACGAUAAGCAAAGCCAUUACUAGAUUCGUAGGUAACACACGUCCAACAUAAUAUUAUACUAGGAUCAUAAAUAUCGGGAGCUUCCAUUUCAUUGCUGAACUCAAAGUUGACCGUCUUUCCUUUUCUAUUCCCUCAAACAACUGACUCAUGGUGAUCACGCUCCUUAAGGUGGAACGAAGAACGCUUCUGCAUUAAGGGCAGGUUUUUAUCAAUCCCCUAGGGGGGUGCUCGGACGAGUUUGUUUGUGUCACAAUAAAAUUGACCUGACCCUCCCUCCCUCCCCCGAGCUCUGACUUCUACUAAUUCUCCCCCCUCAUUGGAAGUCAAUUUUCUUUAGUCCCUCUUCCCUUUAUACUCUGUUAAUACCGACUGAUCCCGCUCUGUUCCCCCUGGAAACCAUGUGAUCCCCCCAAAAUCCUUCAAACCCCCCUUACCUUUGCUUCGCUCCUAAACCGUGGCUUCCUAGUUUCAUUGUUAGCAGCCGGGACACUAAAUCUGAGAGAUUGAAAGGAAUCAGGGAAACACCGCAGGUUCAAUCCUCGUUGAGGCUUGAAGUAUUUAUAUGUAAAGACUUACCUUGCAAUUGCUUUAUUAGCAGCUUACUAAUAGAGCUAUAAGCUACUAGCAAAAUUAACAGUUGGCGUGUUUCUAAAGAGUCCUCAUUGGCUCCUCGUGUUUACUAUGGGUUUUCGUUCACAACAAUCUAUCGCAAUGCGACAUAACGGUCCAAUGAUCAAAUAUGUUCAAGGGCUCCUUGCCUUCAAGCGAUCUGGAUGUUUUACACCAUAAAAAAUGGAAUCUAAAUUCGUGUCUACUUGUUUGACUCACUCAGGCAAAGAACGUGGACGUGAUCGCUGUUCUGAUGCACUGGGGCAGAGAAUACCGUCCCCGAAUGAACAACUUGCAGAGAGAGGUCGCUCAGCACCUGACGUCACUCGGCGUCCAGCUGGUCAUUGGUGCCCAUCCUCACAUACAACAACCCUACAGCUACUUUGACAGCCGAUUUGUUGAUUACAGUGUGGGAAACUUACUUUUUGUCCAUGACUAUACUCCAGAUAAGGAGAACGUAAGCAUUACAUCCAAGAGUGAAAUGUGCAUACUAAAUUAUUGUGGAAUUCAAGCUGUCAAAGAGCCCCUUAAUUCCGAUUUUAUUAUUGUCUUAAAUGUUCCAUGCAUCUUAUUACGCCCUAAUUUUAAAAAUGAACCUGAUUAACUCUUUAACGAUCACCAACUAAAGAAGUUCUUGAUCGUUUAACAAAUUCUCCUUUUCAGAACCUUAAGAAAUGUAUAGAGAAAUUAUGGAGAAUAUGCACACUGAUGUUUGGAUGUAAAGGGCUAAAUAACGAUUUCUUUAAAAAUAUAAACCAUUACCAGAUUGUGUUCUGGUCGAGUUUCAUCUCAGGAGCCCUUAAAUGGGAGUUGGCCAACCGGCUGAGCAGGUAGAAAGCUAGACUACCGUACAGAGGUCGAAAGUUGCGUGCAUAAAUGUUGCAAUGCGUCUGUUCCGUGAUAAAUCACACAUGACGCCUAAAUGUGGUAUGAACAAAAAAAGUGGCACAUCAAGCGAGUGUGUGUCACUGAAGGAUGUUCUUUCCACAUUUUGAAUUUUCUGUGAUGUAUUACUGAACAAACCCACGGCAACAUGGAAUUGCCUUAUAUAGUAAAGGAGCAAAAUAAUGUAAACGGGUGACGUCAUCUGUGCUUCUGUUCUCUAACAGAUCAUAGGUAAGAACCUAUUGAAAAGUGCACGAAAUUCAGCCUGUUAAAUAAUUCAUGUCUGAUUUCUGUUUGGCUGGGAAAUACUCCUUUUGUCUGAUGUGACAAUUUUUGUUUGGUUUUUUGUUUUUGUUUUUUUAAGAGAAAGACUUUUCUUUAUGAUGAUAUUUUAAAAAUUCAACUUUUAAUCUGAAAUCUUUUUUUCUAGAUAACAGUUCCUUUCAAAGCCCUCCAGCAAGGACGCCUCAUUCGAGCUGAAGUUUCCAGGUACUGAUCAUUGUCUGUUAAUUCCCAUAAAUAGAAAGCAACAAUUAAUUUUUAAAAAAUCAUAAAACAAGGGGAUGAAUAAGCCACCGAUGGAGCGUGGAGGAGACAGCUAUUCUUUCCCAUGCGCCUGGCACUUACGUCGUUCAGGCCACGUGACUGCGGUAUUCUUGGAUGCAAAUCGUACUAGAGAACAGUUCUUCCACGUCUUUUAACCUGUUACUGUAACUAUUAUGACAAUUAUCAACACCAUUUUUUUGUUUUCUUAAUUUUUCUUUUCAAAGAAAUGGGAUAAUACGUGUGCAAUCUCUGCCUUAUGAGAUCAGGAUCAACAAAACCAACCACUGCAUCCAACCGACUCCAGUCACAAAAUUUAAAUGGUCUGAUAUAUGUGGCCAAGCCGAUAAGGCGUGUUUGAGACACUGAAACUCUGUAUUGUUACCAUAUACAGACCAGAGAGUCGCUGGACGUACUUUCUGGCCGCACAGUUAUAGCCAGAAUAAGUUCUAAGAGAAAUUACUUUAUAAUAG